GGCAUCAGUUCACAGACAGAAGCACAUUGAGAGCUGCACCAUAGAGCUCCAGGGCUUGGGGGGCCACAUCUGGGGAGAGAGGAAGGUUGGCCACUAUAUAAAAAGACUUGGACAUUGCUAAUUCUCCCUGAACCCCUCUGUUAUUUGCUACUGCUCCCUCUCUGCACCACUUUCUGGAUUCUCCGCCAGGAGCAGGAUCUGUGCUUCCUUAUAUGAUUAAAUCCCUGGGGCAGCGUUGGUGCCAAAGAUCCACUGCCAACCCUCGGCUGGUGCCUCCACCUUGGCAGCAGAGGGAUCAUUGGGGUGUUACCUGGGCACCGGUCACCAUGUCGGCCAAACAGGCAGAGUCGUUGCCCAUCUGCUCCACUUACCAGGCAGUGAUGCCGCACUUCAGCGGGGUGACAGAGGAAUACCCACAGCCCAUCCAAGCCAGGACUCUGAAGGGCAAGGGGAAGCUCAGGAGACCAAGGCAGAGCAGGUUCAAGACCCAGCCGGUGACCUUCGAUGAGAUCCAGGAGGUAGAGGAGGAAGGGGUGUCCCCCACAGAAGAGGAGAAAGCCAGAAAGUCCUUCCUGCAGUCCCUGGAAUCUCUGCGGAGAAGCUCCCACAACAUGCAGAUCCAGAGGGAGAAGCUCGGCAGAUCCAAACUGAGGCACAGCCUGGACUCCAGCGAUUCCGACUCCACACUCUAAUCCAAGCCCGGGGCCCCUUCCUAGGACUUUGGGUCACUGUCAUGGCAGGAGGUGUCUCCUUCCUCUGGUGGGACCAUUUUGGGGUGCAGCAGUUUGGGGAACCACAUGGCCCCUGAAUGAUCAGGUCGCUGGGACAUGACAAUGCUGUAUAUUUGUUUUUGGCAUAAGCCCUCUGUUCCCGGCUGUUGCACUAUAUUUUGCCCUGAAGAGCUUGCAAUUUCAAUUCCUGAAAAUUGGGGGGGGGGGGAGGGCAUUGUAAUAUUAAACUUGCUGCUUUCAAUCUGUUGUACUCCUGGAACCCUCAGCCAUCCAUUGGCUAGCAGAGGAUUCUGGGAGUAGUAGUUUGAAACGGUCAUGGAGUUAAAGGAACGGCACACUUGUUUAAAAUAUGGCACAAAUUGGGGAUAGAACAUCUUGUGGGACUACAACUCCCAGCUUGCCCUGGGCUGUGGCUCUUAAGAGCUAGCGCUUUCCUGUCCCCCACCUCACUGGUUUACAUGCUGUGCUGGCCGAGGAUCCUGGGUAGCAGUCACCCUGCUAUAUCUCUGCUAGCUAAUUGCAUUUGUGCAAAGUCUUCUUUGUGUUGGGUCAGGCUCAGACUUACUGUACUAAUACUGAGGGGCCAACCCUCCCUGAGUAGGGGGCAAUAGUCGAUAGGAAUUGAAGCUGCCAAAGAGAACUACAACUCCCAGCAUCCCACCUAAAAUUUGUACUAGGUGUUGUAUUGGUUACCAACCACUCCCAGCAGUACCUAGCAGUUUAGACCGUACACAGUAGGCUGAAUAUCUUGCUAAGAAGCAAGUGCCGGUCCUCCAGGCUAUGUUGUGCAACUCCCAAGUGGCUGGCAGAGGAUACUGGGAGUUGUAGUGCUAUAAGCAUACUACGGAGCCUUUGUAUAUAAGCUAGGGUGAUAUAACCUGAAACCAAUCAUCUGAGAUUGCAUUUAAAGUGACAGGCAAUUCCCCUGUUGGAAUGUGUCUUAUACCCUGGGGAUGGGGGCAGCCAUGUUUUCCUAAACUCAAGGGGGGGGGGGAGGCUCCUGCACAGUGAGGCUUAUUUUUGUAACACAAGAUAUAAAAAAAAAUGUGGUGAAAUGGGGGUCAUAAAUAUUUAUUUUUGCACUUGCACUGCUCUCUGCAUUUCCCUCCCAGGAAUCUAUAUAUUUGUAUAAAGAGGUUACUGUUAUUUUAAAUAAACACCUUUUUUCUUUU